GACUGUGGGAGCGGCUUCCUUGGAUUCCGCGCGUGACAACGACCUGAGCAGCGCUUUGGCCCCCGCGGGUUCUGAGUAGAUCCCUGAGAAAGCCGCCUCGCUCCCGGCUGGGUGGACUCGCGGUCGCCCUGCUCCCCUCCGCGCGAGGUACAAAUGAUGCAAAAUGUACACCUCGCCCCAGAGACAGAUGAAGAUGAUCUUUAUUCUGGUUAUAAUGACUACAAUCCAACCUAUGAUACCGAGGAAUUGGAAAAUGACACAGCUUUUCAGCAAGCUGUGAGAACUAGCCAUGGCAGAAGACCACCAGUAACUGCUAAAAUACCAAGCACAGCAGUUCCUAGACCCAUAGCUACUGGAUAUGGGUCCAAGACAUCCCUGGCAUCAUCAAUGGGAAGACCAGUGACCGGGGCUAUUCAGGAUGGAGUUACUAGACCUAUGACUGCAGUGAGAGCAGCUGGUUUUACCAAAGCAGCUUUGAGAGGUUCUGCAUUUGAUCUCCUCGGGCAGGCACGGGGUCCUGCUCCUCCUCUGGAAGCUAAAACUGAAGAUAGUCCAGAAGAAAAAAUUAGACAAUUAGAGAAGAAAGUGAAUGAGUUGGUAGAAGAAAGCUGUAUUGCCAACAGUUGUGGAGACUUAAAAUUGGCCUUAGAAAAGGCAAAGGAUGCAGGAAGAAAAGAGAGAGUCUUGGUGAGACAACGAGAACAAGUUACAACUCCAGAAAAUAUCAAUUUGGAUUUAACUUACUCAGUGCCCCUGAGAUUAAUGGAUGGCAAGUACUAUGUUCUUUUCAAUUUGGCCAGUCAAUAUUCAGCUAAUGAAAUGUAUGCUGAAGCACUAAACACAUAUCAAGUUAUAGUGAAAAAUAAGGUGUUUAGCAAUGCAGGAAGAUUGAAAGUGAAUAUGGGAAAUAUUUAUUUAAAGCAAAGAAAUUAUUCCAAAGCCAUUAAAUUCUACCGAAUGGCAUUAGAUCAAAUUCCAAGCGUCCAUAAAGAAAUGAGGAUUAAAAUUAUGCAGAACAUUGGCAUUACAUUUAUUAAAACUGGUCAGUAUUCAGAUGCCAUUAAUUCAUUUGAGCACGUAAUGAGUAUGGCACCAAAUCUGAAGGCAGGCUUCAACCUAAUUCUCAGUUACUUUGCUGUUGGAGAUCAAGAAAAAAUGAAGAAAGCCUUCCAAAAAUUGAUUGCUGUUCCAUUAGAAAUUGAUGAAGAUGAUAAAUAUAUUUCACCAAGCGAUGAUCCACACACUAACUUAGUGAUUGAAGCUAUAAAAAAUGAUCAUCUAAGGCAAUUGGAACAUGAAAGGAAAGCCAUGGCAGAGAAAUACAUCAUGACAGCUGCAAAACUCAUUGCUCCUGUAAUUGAAACAUCUUUUGCUGUGGGUUAUGAUUGGUGUGUUGAAGUUGUGAAAGCUUCUCAAUAUGUAGAGCUAGCAAAUGAUCUGGAAAUAAACAAAGCAAUUACAUAUUUAAGACAAAAGGACUUUAACCAAGCUGUGGAGACCUUAAAAACAUUUGAAAAAAAGGAUAGUAGAGUGAAAAGUGCAGCUGCAACCAACCUCUCAUUCCUAUAUUAUUUGGAGAAUGAAUUUGCACAAGCCAGCAACUAUGCAGAUUUAGCUGUGAACUCAGAUAGAUACAACCCAUCAGCUCUUACUAAUAAAGGAAAUACAGUUUUUGCAAAUGGUGAUUAUGAGAAGGCAUCUGAAUUCUAUAAAGAGGCUCUAAGAAAUGACUCUUCUUGUACUGAAGCACUUUAUAAUAUUGGUUUAAGAUAUGAAUUAAUGGAAGAUCCUAAUCAAGCUAUUGAAUGGUUAAUGCAGCUGAUCAGUGUUGUUCCAACUGAUUCUAGAGCUUUGUCAAAACUAGGAGAAUUAUAUGAUAGUGAAGGAGAUAAGUCCCAAGCAUUUCAAUACUACUACGAGUCAUACAGGUAUUUCCCUUCUAAUAUAGAAGUCAUUGAGUGGCUUGGAGCCUAUUACAUUGACACCCACUUUUGUGAAAAAGCCAUUCAGUAUUUUGAAAGAGCUUCUCUUAUACAGCCUACACAAGUGAAAUGGCAGCUGAUGAUAGCUAGUUGUUUUAGAAGAAGUGGUAACUACCAGAAAGCAUUAGAUACUUAUAAAGAUAUUCACAGAAAAUUUCCAGAAAACGUUGAAUGUCUGCGUUUCUUGGUUCAUCUCUGUACAGAUAUUGGAUUAAAAGAAGUUCAAGAAUAUGCAACAAAACUCAAGAGAUUGGAAAAAAUGAAAGAAAUAAGGGAACAGGUAUUUCAUAUGGGCCGAAAACUGCUUGGGGGUUCCCGCAGCAAAAGAGAGGGGAGUGCUAGCAGUGAUAGUGGCCAGAACUAUAGUGCCAGUAGUAAAGGUGAACGACUAAGUGCCAAACUCAGAGGUUUACCUGGGACAAAUGAACCUUAUGAAAGUAGCAGUAACAAAGAAAUAGAUGCCUCCUAUGUGGAUCCACUUGGACCUCAAAUGGAAAGACCAAAAACUGCAGCCAAAAAGAGAAUCGACGAGGACGAUUUUGCUGAUGAAGAGUUAGGAGAUGAUUUGCUUCCAGAAUAAUAUACACUUUAAUAUGUUGUUGAUUAAAGGAAAGAAAUUGCCUUGCACAAGAUAAUACUUAUAUUAAACUCUGGAUUAAAUAUCCAAACUUUAAUUUUGUAUACCAUCAAAUUUGAAGUAAGUGUAUUCUAUAUGAGUGUAAAUUUUGUUUUGAAUGGAAUAAAAAUAUAUGAAAGUAAUA